AUGGGCAGCCCACCACAAACAAACCCCUCGUUCGUCCUUCGAGCUGUCAAGGAUGUCGUUUUUGAAGACCGUCCAGUUCCAACUUUGAAAGACCCAUGGGAUGUACGGGUGCAGAUCGCGCAGACGGGAAUCUGUGGAAGUGAUGUGCACUACUGGCAGCGAGGACGGAUUGGAGACUUCGUCCUUGAAUCUCCGAUUGUUCUCGGGCAUGAAAGCUCGGGCACCGUUGUAGAGGUUGGAUCUGCAGUCAAAAACCUCAAAAUCGGAGACCGAGUCGCGAUCGAACCAGGCGUGCCAUGCAGACACUGUGAUUAUUGUCGGAGCGGGUCGUAUAAUCUGUGUCCAGACACGGUUUUUGCAGCAACUCCUCCCCAUGAUGGAACCCUCUCCAAAUACUAUAUCACGCAGGCCGACUUCUGCUACCCGCUGGCAUCCCACAUGGAUCUUGAAGAGGGUGCACUGGUCGAGCCAGUCGCAGUAGCAGUUCAGAUCGCCAAAGUAGGCAACGUCAGACCGAAUCAGACGAUCGUCGUAUUUGGAUGUGGUCCUAUCGGUCUGCUCUGUCAGGCAGUGAGCAAGGCGUACUCAGCUCGGAAAGUGAUCGGUGUGGAUAUCAGUCAAUCGCGUGCGGAUUUUGCACGUACAUUUGGUGCCGACGAUGUAUUUGUGCCGCCUCCUAAGCCAGAUGGGAAGGACAGCUGUGCUUGGAGCGAGGAGCUGGCAAGGGUUAUGAAGGAGAAGUUCGAUCUGGGCGAAGGGCCGGAUGUGGUACUUGAAGCCACAGGAGCUGAGGCAUGUAUCCAAACAGGCGUCCAUCUUACCAAGAAAGGGGGCACCUACGUGCAAGCUGGAAUGGGACGAGAGAAUGUCGUCUUCCCCAUCACCACUGCCUGCAUUCGCGACUUGACCAUCAGAGGCUCUAUUCGCUACACAGUUGGGUGCUACUCAACAGCUGUUGAUCUCAUUUCCAGUGGCAAGAUUGAUGUGAAGCGACUUAUCACUAAUCGAUACAAGUUCGAACAGGCCGAGGAUGCUUUUGAACUGGUGCGGCAGGGAAAGGAGAGUGUGAUCAAAGUAAUCAUUGAGGGCGUUACUGCAUGA